UCGUCUGACGGACGUCAGGGCGGACUGUCUCGUCGGUUUCGCGUCCCGGCUUCUUCUUCUUCACUUUCGAGAAUCUUGAACCUAACCUACAAAUUUUCGUAACUUCCGACCCGGUGUCCUCUCUCGUAACGCGCGGAUCGCACUUUACGUUUAUCGCGACAUUCUCCCGUUCUAACGGACGUGGGAAUUUUAAUGUCGUCGGAUAAGAUGUUUAAUUUGGAAUUGAAAAUUUGGACGUGCAAUUUGAGGGGUAAUCGGAGGAGGGAAUAAACCGAAUUUUCCGGGAUUUCGGACGGUCGUCAAAUGACUGGGGUGAUGUGGGGAUUAAAUAAAACUAGUUCGUUUAUUGUGAGAUUGAUUUUGCGAUAGGAAGGGUUAGUCCAUUUUUCUUAACGCUUUUCCUUAUGGAGGAAAUUACGGAGGAAAGAUGUCAGUGAUAAGUGACCAGUGUCCGUGUGUCCGGAAAAUUAGAAGUCCUCGACUGAUGGGCAGAUUAUCUUCAUAAGCAAGCAUCGGAAGAAAAGGAGCGCGAAGACGACGCGGAAAGAAGAUGGGCAAGAGAACCGAUAAAACGGAACGGCGGGCACCGAGAUAGUCCAUGCCGCCAUUUUGUUGCCGGGGAAGGAAAGGAUGCGGAGCUCGACGAGACCGGACAUAACCUCGAAUUCGCGAUCCUCUUCGGCGUCCCUCCUCGGCCUUGACUGCGAGAGGGCGCGGACUCGUCGACGGGAGUUCGCUCGAGCUCCGAUCGAAUCGCCGAAGAGACUCGAAAUUCAACUUUCCGCAAAGGAAGGAAGAAUCGGGACGAACCUAGAAAUGCUCCAAGUUUGAAAUAAAAGCGGCCACGUCGACUUCCUCUUGCCGAGGCUCCGAAGUUCGCGAGAGCCGCCGUUUGCCGCCAUUUGCAGAACCAGUUCGCAUCCAAAAUGGCGUCUCCUGGUGGAAUCGUCAACGAGGAUUACGGACUCGGGUACCAGAACACAUUGAUGUAUGGCCGGUACACGAAGGACCUGGGUGAAUACGCGAAAGAAGAGGCCAGGAGGUUACGAUCUCACGACAAGUCCAGGAGAAGAUUCGACAAGGCAAGAGCCGAAGAGCUCAGGAAAUCAAGAAGAGGUCCGUUAUGCAGGAAGCUGUUGGCCCUUCUGGCCUUUGCGUGGAAACACACGGGGGCCAGACUCGGAGAGGAUUGGGUUUUCCUGGCUCUGCUGGGAGUCAUUAUGGCUCUUAUCAGCUACGCCAUGGACCGAGGGAUCUCCAUGUGCAACAAUGCCAGGAUAUGGCUGUAUCAGGACCUCACGUCCCAUCCAGCGCUGCAGUAUCUGGCCUGGGUGUCCCUCCCGGUGUGCCUGAUCCUGUUCAGCGCCGGAUUCGUCCACAUCGUGGCGCCCCAGAGCAUCGGUUCCGGGAUCCCGGAGAUGAAGACGAUUCUCCGAGGAGUGGCCCUCAAGGAGUACCUGACCUUCCGCACCCUGGUGGCCAAGGUGAUAGGUCUGACCGCCACUUUGGGCUCGGGCCUGCCCCUGGGCAAGGAGGGUCCCUUCGUCCACAUCGCCAGCAUCGUGGCCACUCUGCUCUCCAAGCUGGUUACCAGCUUCCAGGGGAUCUACGAGAACGAGAGCCGGAAUUGCGAGAUGCUGGCGGCAGCUUGUGCGGUCGGAGUGGCCUCCUGCUUCGCAGCUCCCAUCGGUGGGGUGCUCUUCAGCAUCGAAGUCACCACCGUGUACUUCGCCGUCAGGAACUACUGGAGGGGAUUCUUCGCAGCCGUUUGCGGGGCCACCAUGUUCCGACUCCUCGCCAUCUGGUUCCAGAGGGAGGAGACCAUCACCGCCAUGUUCGCCACCAAUUUCACCAUGGACUUUCCCUUCGACCCCCAAGAGCUGUUCAUCUUCGCGUUGAUCGGGGUUGGCAGCGGACUCGGGGGAGCCUUCUACGUCUGGCUGCACAGGCAGUACGUCAUCUUCAUGAGGAAGAACAAGAGCAUGAACAGCUUCCUGCAGAAAAACCGCUUCUUGUAUCCCGGAAUCGUCUCGCUGUUGGUCGCUUCCGUCUCGUUUCCUCUUGGCCUGGGUCAGUUCAUGGCGGGAGAUUUGAACGCGCAUGACCAAGUUGCUGGACUCUUCACGAAUUUCACGUGGACGAAGAAAGUCCUUAGUGUCGAGGAGAUGAACAUCGUCAAGCACUGGACCACCCCGUACACCGACGUCUUUGUCGGACUUUUAAGUUACGGCGCGUUUACGUUCAUCUUUUCGAUAAUAUGCUCAACGGUGCCAGUGCCCUCGGGGAUUUUCAUCCCAGUUUUCAAAAUCGGAGCGGCCUUAGGAAGGGCCGUAGGCGAAGGAAUGGCCCUCUGGUUCCCGAAUGGCGUCAGAUAUGGGGGAAUCAUAACACCCAUCAUUCCAGGUGGAUAUGCAACCGUAGGUGCAGCUGCAUUUUCCGGAGCGGUGACGCACACCAUUUCCGUCAGUGUCAUAGUUUUCGAAAUGAGCGGACAAAUUACUCACAUAGUACCGAUUAUGAUAGCAGUGCUCAUAAGCAAUGCGAUCGCUGCUCUGCUACAGCCCAGCAUAUACGACAGCAUCAUUCUCAUAAAAAAAUUACCGUACCUGCCCGACUUAUUACCUUCUAGCUCCGGUAUGUAUAAUGUUUACGUCGAAGACUUCAUGGUUAGGAACGUGAAGUACAUUUGGCAUGGUAUCACGUACCAGAUACUUAAGGAAAUUCUUAAGGAAAAUCGGAAACUUCGGGGAUUCCCUUUAGUCGAUAAUCCCGAUUCGAUGAUUCUUUUGGGUUCGAUUCAGAGGCUGGAACUCAUCAAACUCAUAGAAAAGCACAUCGGUCGAGAAAGGAGGCUACAGGUUGCCCAAAAGUGGCAAAAAGAAGCCGAAGAGAGGGCAAGAGAGGAAAUGGAAAAGCAACUGAGAGAGCAGGAGAGAACCAGAAGACCGUCAAGAUUCGAGGUCAUUCCGGCACCUGACAUCUUGAAAAUGCAGAGACAAAGUGUCGGUGACUUGUCGAUAUCGCCAAUCAAUGGCGGUGGUUCCGAUCAUCACACAUAUCAUACGCCGGUUUUCGGAUCGCAACCAAAAAAGUCAAUUUUAAAGAAAACCAAUUCCUUCACUCUAAAAGGUUUCAGUCCUUUAGUCAGUCCAGCUGUUACUCCUUACACUACAGUGACUGGUGCUGAAAGCAGGAUUCGCCUGGCCUUUGAAGCAAUUUUCAGGAAAUCUGCGACUCUUCAGGAUGUGGACCCUGACCCCGAAUUGGGAACUGGCGGAAAUCGGAGAGACAGCACCGAUACCGUAAAUGCCCAAGCUCUUCAGCCAAUGUUAACACCGAGUCCAGCUACCUCGAAGAAGGUCCAGCUGCCUCGAGAACGAGUCAUCGACAUGUCCGCCGAGGACCAGAAGAGAUGGGAAGAAAGCGAAAUGGCCCUCGAAGUGGACUUUUCGAAGUGCCAUAUCGAUCCUGCUCCUUUCCAGCUGGUCGAAAGGACUUCGCUCCUCAAGGUCCACAGCCUCUUCAGCAUGGUCGGCGUCAACCACGCCUAUGUCACCGCCAUUGGGAGGCUGGUCGGCGUGGUUGCCCUUAAAGAGCUGAGGAAGGCCAUCGAGGACGCCAAUGCCGGAAUCCUGCCGACGCACGCGGAGCCCCAUGUUGCAGGAUCGCUGUCGAGUCUGACGAAAAGCGAGACCGAGUCGGAAAAGAAGAUUUCGACGGAUGGGAACUCGGUAGUGUCGACGAAUGCGGACAAGAUCGAGAAGAUGGAGAAGGUCUGACCUGCGCGCGGUUCAUCUCUCGAAAAAGCGAAUUGUGAUAGUCGUUGUCGCGACGAUUGGCGAAACGACCCGAAGGACCCGUGUCUUCCCAACCAUCCCCUCCUAGGAACUCGGUACGUAUUUUUCCUUAAGAUGAUGUGAAAGAUGAUGUACAGCGUCAAAGCGAUUGAAAACUGUUGAUAGUCUUGGGAAUGGGUUAUUUAACGCUAUUUUAAUUGCACUCCGCGGACGGUGUUAAUUCUUUCAACGUUGUACUCCUUUCUAUGGGGAAUUUCCGUCUAGGAUUUACGACCUAGGUAAAUAAUUACAUAGAAUGGAGUUUUAUAGUAUUUAAUAAUGUAUUUGCUCAGCUCGCGAAUUCGAAUAACCCUCGAUUAGUGAAUUUAGAGAAUUUAGAGUCGAAAAAAUCUACCGAUGUUGACGGAUGUAUGUCGGAAUGUAAAUGUUCCUGAAUUUCUUGUAAUAAGGAAGCACAAGAGUGAGAGAAGAAGUAAAGUCAAUUGCAGUGAUGUAAUUACGUAAUUCUAAUAAUUCCAGGUGAUGUAUUAGUAAUUAUUCCUAAAUAUGAAAAUUGUAAUUAUUAUCGUGGAUUAUAAAUUUCCACGAUAAAAAACGAAAUGUGCCAAAAAGUGCAUUAAUCGGUAUUUCCGUGUUCAUGGGAAAUGGAUGCCUAAAUUGUGGAUUCAAUUGUCAUAAGUCAUAAGUCAUAAGUGUUAAGGUGACUGCAACCAAAUAACUUAUUAUAAAAGAAAGAAGCAUUACAUUUAAGGGGAUGUGAAAGCGGCGUCUGAAAAGUCGAAUUAC